AGAAUUAUAUAAACAACACACAAACAACAGUAAUUGAAGAGGAAAGUAUGAAUAAUCAGCGCAUGUUGCCUCGGAUAGUUUUGAUAGCCUGUGGUUCCUUCAACCCACCGACGCCAAUGCACUUUCGAAUGUUUGAAAUUGCACGUGAUUAUUACAAAACACAAGGAACACAUCACGUCAUUGGUGGCGUCGUUUCACCCACACACGAUUCAUACCAGAAAAAAGGACUCGUUGCUGGUACACAUCGAUUUGCUAUGUUGAAAUUAGCAUUGCAAUCCUCAACAUGGAUUAAACCCUCAGACUGGGAAAUACAGCAAACGGAAUGGUCACGCACAAUCUCCGUUCUGCAGUACCAUCAAAACUAUAUAAAUAACUAUAUCAAUUCACCACUAGAAAGUGACAUGAACGGUACCCUACCUAGUUGGAUGCCUCUCGGUUUGCGUGAGCGGCAGGAUGGUGUGCAAUUGAAAUUGCUGUGUGGAGCUGAUUUAUUAGAAUCAUUUGCGGUGCCCGGAUUAUGGGCAGAUAAGGAUAUUGAAGAUAUUGUUGGCAAUCAUGGUUUAGUGGUUAUCUCACGUAAUGGCUCUAAUCCUGAAAAAUUCAUUUUCGAGUCAGAUAUGUUGAAGAAAUAUCAGAAACAUAUUACGUUAAUAACUAAUUGGGUACUAAACGAGAUGAGUUCAACAUUAAUACGACGUCUUAUUUCGAGCGAUCAGUCUGUGAAAUACUUGCUUGAUGACAGGGUCAUUGACUAUAUUCAAAGGCAUGGACUAUUUAAUUGUAAAACGUAA